AUGGAAGGUACAAAGCUCUUUGCCGAGGCUUCAAACAUCCCUUUCAGGUUAUUACAGGGAGGCAUGGACUGCAAAGAAUUUGUUGUAUACAACGAUAACGUGUUUUGCUUGACAGGCAGAAACACACUAAUUGCUUUAUCUUCGGGUGAGGAAUAUGAGUUUUACGGAGACAUACUGAGUAUGGGGAUCCAUGAGCAUUAUAUAUAUUUGGUGUUCAACACUUCGAAGGUUAUUGUCUUUGAUGCAAUCUGUAGAGAAGUCGUGGUCAAUUUCCGAGAAAUGGAUGGAUGCAUCAAGAAGGCGAUGAUAAGCAGCUCGGGAAUAUACCUUCUAGGUUUCGAUGGGUAUUUGUAUAGAUCGACAUUUGAGGACAUAAGAUAUGCCAAGGAUACUAGUGUGUACGGAACAAAGGGUGAAUCAAUUAUACAAGACUUCUGGGUUAGAGACGAUUCUAUCUUUUAUGUUACUCAUUAUGGCCAUAUUUGCAAAGACUCCGAUGUGAUAUUGAAGGUUUUUGAUACGGUGACUUUGAUAGUGCCCCAUAAGGAAUACUUGUAUAUAGUGACUGAGGGAAACUUACUUCUGAAAUACGACGUUGUCAGAUCGAGUAUUCUCUUCAAGGAGAAUAUUGGGAAUUCCAAAGUUAUUGGUGAUGGGGUUAUAGGAUGUAACGGAAUGGCAAUAGAUCUUUACAAAGAGAUUUUUAUGAAGGUCCCGAAGGAUACAAGGUGGGUUAGGCGUCAUGACAAGAUUAUAUACAUCUCGACGAUAUCUGGGAUUUUCUCUGGAAGCCUUAAUGAUUAA